AACUUGUUCAGGUGAGUGCAUUACGCCCUGUUUACUGUGAUAUAGCGUUCAGAUCAUGAAAUCAUUUCCGUUUUGUAUACAGAUGACUGUGUUAAUUCAGCCGUGUCCUUUUUAAGAGGGCAGUCAGACGAGAAGGCCACCAUGGUGCUGAACCCUGUCAUUUCCAAGCUCUCCGGUAAACUGGUCGUGCUGGCAAGUGCCUCUCCAAGGAGACUGGAGAUUCUUCGCAAUGCCGGCUUACGCUUUGAGGUGGUACCAUCCUGGUUUAAAGAAACUCUUGACAAAGGACUUUUCAAAGCACCUCAAGAGUAUGCAGUUGAAACAGCCAAACAGAAAGCCCUGGAGGUGGCCAGGAGGAUGCCCUUUAAACACCUGAAAACUCCAGACAUAGUAAUUGGGGCAGAUACUAUUGUGACUGUGGAUGGCAUGAUUCUGGAGAAACCAGUGGACAAACAUGAUGCUUAUAGGAUGCUGUCAAGCCUGAGUGGUAAAGAGCACAGUGUCUUCACUGGUGUAGCAAUUGUCCUCUGUCAUGAGAAAGAAAAUGAAGAAGUAGAUUACCAGUUGGUUGACUUCUACGAAGAAACAAAGGUGAAGUUUGCUGAUCUCUCUGAAGAUAUGCUGUGGGAGUACAUCAAUAGUGGUGAGCCAAUGGACAAAGCUGGCGGUUAUGGUAUUCAGGCUCUUGGUGGCAUGCUGGUGGAGUAUGUCCAUGGAGACUUCCUUAAUGUUGUAGGUUUUCCCCUCAAUCACUUCUGCAAACAACUGGACCUUAUUUACAACCACUCUACUUCUGCUUCGGACCGGGAAUGUGCAUCUGUCCAUCUGAGCCACAAUGGCACUCUCACCACCUCAGUACUCACUCAGCCCACCUCACCCAACUUGCCACCUCAGCCCAGCCGCAGUCCCAACUCUCCAGCCAAACACAACUCCUCACCCAACCCCAGACCAAACAGCCCAUCUGCCAGUCAAACACACCACACCCAUGACGGCCCUUUGUGCAGCCCUGUCCAUAAGGUGAAAAGGAAAGGCUGUGAAAGUGAAGUGGGUGAGAGUUCCUGGAUGUUGGUCAACAGCUUGUCUAAACAUACAGAGGACAGAGAGGCUGAGCUCCGAGAUUCUGAGAUUACAGCAUUACCACUGACAACCAGCAGAGGGCAGGUAAUGGCGCUCAAUGUGACAGAGCAUGAGGACAGUGAACCUAAAAAAGAGGACUUGCAGCGAAUCACUGGACUAAUGGAUGGAUUCAAAGCCUCAAAGGCACUGUUUACUGCAUCCAAGUUGUGUGUGUUCGACCUGCUACAGAGCAGGCCAGGGCUGGAUGCAUCACAGGUGGCCCACGAGAUCAAAGCCUCUGUGAAGGGGACUGAAUGCCUGCUGGAGGCUUGUGCUUCUCUGGGACUGUUGAAGAGCAAAGAGAGAACAAGCCAAAAGCCUGUGUACGAGAACACAGAUCUGGCGGUGCGUUUUUUGCGGUCAGAUGCUCCUUUUUCGCUGCACGGAUACAUCCAGCAUUGUAACAACACAGUGUGGCCUCUUUUCUCCCACCUUGAGAGUGCUGUGCGGGAGGGUACCAACCAAUAUGAGAGGGCCUUCGGCAAGAAAUCUAAGGAUGUGUUUCAGGAUACGUACUACAACAGCCAAGACGUGAAACUUAGAUUCAUGAGUGCCAUGCACAGCAUCGCCAAAGUCACAGGAAAAUCUGUGGCGACGGCUUUUGACCUCUCCGGUUAUAAAACAGCCUGUGACCUCGGAGGAUGCACUGGUGCCAUGGCCUAUGAGUUUACAAAAGCCCACCCUGGGUUGUCUGUGAUAGUGUUUGACUUGCCUGCUGUUGUUGAGAUGAGUGAACAUUUCCAUCCACCACACACAGACAACAGGGUUUCAUUUGUAGCAGGAGACUUCUUUAAAGAUGAGUUACCCAAAGCAGACUUGUACAUCCUGGCAAGAAUUCUUCAUGACUGGCCUGAUGAGAAGGUGCAUAUUCUGCUGAGUAAAAUCGCGGAUGCGUGCACACCAGGCUGCGGGCUCCUGAUAAGCGAGAUCUUCCUGGAUGAAGACAGAGGGGGCCCAAGUCGUGGGCUGCUGCAGGCCCUCAGCAUGAGCGAGGGGAAGCAGAGGAGCGCAACAGAAUACAGUCUGCUUCUGAAGAGCAACGGUUUCAUCACAGCACAUGUCAGACAUACAGACAACUUCCUGGAUGCUAUGCUCUGCAACAAAGUGUGACUGACAUGACUCUGAACAACACUAUACAUAAGGUCUUGUAAUAUCCUGUGCGUUGUAGGAAAUCACAGACAAAAUUACAUCAAGGCUGUUUUUAUGAGGAGGUGUGAGUCUGUAAAGCAGCCUCUGUGAACCAAUAAAAGUAUUUUUGUGUUAUGUAAA